AUUUUUCUAAGUGUUUAUAUCAUAAUUUGUUUAAAAACCUAAUUUCUCAAAUUUUGGUUUUGAGUGUUUUCUUUAAAUGGAUUAUUUUUCAAUCUGAUUUAUGAAAAGUACAUUUUUAACACCUCAAACUUUUCGAAAAUUAUUGUUUUUCAAAUUAAAGGUAAUCUGAACACACCCUAAGUUGACGGGUUUUUUGGAAAUUGUUGUAAAAGAGUGAUCUUUUCUUUGGAAUGAAAGGAAUGGUUGGAUAAUUUGAGUGUCAACAAGAACAUUAAUGACUUUUACAAGUCAUCUAAUUACUAUUUUCAGGAAUAAGACAACCUAUGCUCUUUUAUGUGUUGACAUUUCACAUUUGCAUUAAUAUUUGUUUCUACAUGUAAAGAGUUUACUUUAACCUGGGUCGGCCUAAUGGUCAAAAAAGGUCAUGGGUUUCAUAAUGGACUUAGAGGAAAUAGGUUUGUUCGAUCAAUGAUGGUGAUUUAGUGUCCUGCCAUUGAACUGAAUUGGUUUAUUGGCUACAACCCAUAAGAUUCAGAUAUUGCAAGUUUGGACUCUUUUGAGUUUUGAACACUAACCAGCAAGGUGCAGAUCCCUUUUUGGUAAAAUGCAAGCUCUGAUUUGUAAUGAAGAAGCUCCCACCUAUCCUGAGAAAGCUUCAAACCCCUCAACCAACAUCCCCUUCUCCAUUGCCCAAUGCAAUUUUGCCCCUUUCUCCUCAAACCCCUCCGGCCCCUCUUCUCAAUUUAUCCCUCUCUUCUCCGCACCAUUACAAUCAACUCCUCCAUUUCCUCAAAUCCCACCUCACAUUUCCCUUCACACCUAAUAGUCUCCUGCAUUUUCUCAAAUCCAAGCUUCAUUUUCACCCCAAAUUCACCCACUACGAUUUCCAUGUCUUCAAUUGGGCUUCCACUAUCGAUUCCUUCCGCCAUGAUCACUCUACCUUUGCGUGGAUGGCCAGGACCCUUGCGACCACAGAUCGUUUCACUGAGCUCACGUCCCUUCUUAGGUUCUUGGCCUCCUCUCCUUGCCCUUGCUCUGAUGGUAUUUUCUCUUGCCCUCAAACAGAAUCCGUUUUUCAACUUUCCAUUAGUGCCUAUUGUAGAGCUAGGAAAUUUGAUGAGGCUGUUUUUGCUUUCGACUCAAUGAGAAAAUUGAUUGAUGGGAGGCCUAGUGUCGUGGUCUAUAAUAUUUUGAUUAAUGGGUUUGUGAAGUCUGGUAGAUUUGACAAGGCCUUGGGGUUUUACGGUAGGAUGAUUAGUGACCGGGUUAAGCCUGAUGUGUACACUUUUAACAUUUUGAUUAGCGGGUAUUGUCGUAAUUCACAGUUUGUACAGGCUUUAGAGUUGUUUAAGGAGAUGAGGGAAAAGGGUUGUAGCCCAAAUGUAAUAAGUUUCAAUACACUAAUUAAAGGGUUCUUCAGGGAGAGGAAGUUUGAGGACGGGAUUGCCCUGGCUUACGAGAUGAUUGAACUGGGAUGCAAAUUCUCUAGUGUCACCUGUGAAAUUUUAAUGGAUGGGCUCUGUAGGGAAGGCAAGAUUUUUGAGGCAUGUGAAAUUUUGAUUGAUUUUUCGAGGAAGCAAGUAUUGCCCAAGGAUUAUGAUUACUAUGGCGUUGUUGAAAUGCUUUGUGGGAAAGGGAAUACAGGCAAAGCCGUAGAAGUUGUUAACGAGCUGUGGAUGGAAGGAAAUGUUCCCAGCUUCAUUACUUCCACCACUUUGAUAGAUGGACUGAGGAAAGAGGGGAGAGUGCAUGAUGCAAUGAAUAUAACAGAGAGAAUGCUUAAAGUAGGUAUGGUUCCCGACAGCGUGACUUUUAACUCCCUUCUCCAAGAUCUAUGCAAUGUGGGAAAAACUGUGGAAGCUAAUAAGUUGAGAUUGUUGGCUUCAAGCAAGGGGUUCGAACCAGACAACAAAACAUACUAUACUUUAGUUUCUGGUUACACAAUGGAAGGCAACAAGGUGGAAGGGCAAAGGCUUGUGGAGGAGAUGUUGGAUAAGGAGUUUAUACCCGAUAUUGCAACAUACAAUAGAUUAAUGGAUCGGUUGUUGAAUACGUAUAAGAAAAAAUCAAAGUUGGUAACGUAAUGGUGAAACAAGCGUGAAGUUGAGACGAUUGCUUCUCUUGUGCUAUAUAUGAUUGCAGAUUCCAUGAGUCAUUUGUCUAGCAUGGAUCAUCUUAAGGGGCUUUUUGGCAGCAUAAUGAAAUGUAAUCUAAAUCCCAUGGAUGAAUGGUUUGGGCUCGGUUUAUAAUUCCAAAAUUUCUCAAGUUUCUAGAAAUCUUGAUUACCUUCUGGCCUCGGAAGUAGGUGGCGGUAAUAUCGAAGCAUCCAAGUUUAUACAAUUUAUAUGGAUAUCUGCUCGACUCUAGCUUGACAUCUGCAAAACUUGGAUAGAAUGUUCCAGUGGAUGGUUUAGGGCAGAAAUUAAAAACACGAGCAUUGCAUAACUACCUGAUGAUUCAAGAAAGCAGAGUUCUGAUUUUCGUGUAUGGAUAUUCUCACACUGAUCAUCGACACUGUUUGGGCGGAGUGAAUAUAUCAGUUGAAGCGAUUUAUUUGUAUUAUGUUAUAAUUGUACUUUAUUUAUCUCAUUUAAGAAUCAAAUCAAUAAUUGUAUAAUUCGUACAUAAGGCUUAUGAGAACAUUAUUGAAGAGAAGACUACUCUUCAUUUUAUAUUCAGAGAAGAUUCAAUAUUCUUUCUUGAUCCAA